AUGGCAUUGGAUAGUCAGAAGGCUGUGGGCAAGGUUCUCAAGGCAACAAAACUUGCGGACAAACUGGAACUCAGGCAAAUUACUGUUCCAAUUGGGGUGCUGAUGACGCAGUCCAAACACAUUCCGGUUCUUGGACAUGCUGAAGGAAUUUGUCAUGUGUUUGUUGACAAGGAUGCUGAUUUACAGAUGGCUUUAAAAAUAGUGCGAGACUCCAAGCUGGAUUAUCCUGCAGCUUGCAAUGCCAUGGAAACACUUCUGAUACACGAGGAGUUGAUGGAAGAAAGUUCUUUCUUUGAUGACGUCUGCAGGAUGCUGAAGAAGCACAAUGUGAAAAUACAUUCGGGUCCAAGAUUGAGCCGCCGAAUGACCUUUAGUCCACCGCUAGUGAAGAAGAUGAAAACGGAAUACGGAGGCUUGGAAUGUGCAAUUGAGUUAGUGACAUCUGUGGAACAGGCGAUUGAGCAUGUCGUGAAUUUCGGUAGCGGACACACAGAUGUCGUUGUUACGAGAAACGAGGACACAGCGCAGAGAUUCAUUAAUGGCAUUGACAGUGCCUGUGCUUUCCACAAUGCCAGUUCCAGGUUUGCAGACGGCUAUCGAUUUGGACUUGGUGCUGAAGUGGGCAUUAGCACUGGCAAAAUCCAUGCCCGAGGCCCAGUUGGCAUGGAAGGUCUUCUCACGACCAAAUGGAUUUUGCACGGAAACGGACACGGAGCAUUUGAUUUCACCGAGUCUGGAGGCAUGAAAUUCCUGCACGAACCAAUCCCAAUCGUUUCCGAGGAAUAAGGUGUCUAAAAUUGGUUUCCUUUGUCAUGCUUUUAUCGAAAGCGAAAAUUGUGAACCUCUGAUGAAAAUAAGAAAGUUAGAAAAUUUUUCGAUAAAAUGCUUCUUUCUGCGGAUUUUCCCAUUUUAGUUCUAUUAUGGCAAGAUUUGUCCCGGAAAUGAGUGAUUUUAUUAUGCAUACCCGCUUGUUUGAUGCAGGUCAUUAUAUUUGAAGCUUUCUGGAUCAGAUAUCAUUGAUAAUCAAAAUUUACUGUUUUUGCAGCAUAGAAUACAGUGCCUUCCCCCCAUAACAGAACAAUCGAGGAACUAAAAUUGUCUUCAGAAAGAUUUUUGUACAAAGGGUGAAUAAAAUAAUAAUUCAUUCCCACAGAAAAAAAUGCACCAGACAAAUGAUGCAUGUAUUCCAGAAAUUUAUGAGUUUGAACUUUUGAAACUCUUCUCCAAAGCACAAAAAAUAUUGAGAAAUAAAGCCCAAUAUGAUAAAUGCUGACAUUAUACAAGUACUGAAGACCUGAUUUUUAAGAUAUCAAUUUUUAGGAAAUUGGGUGAUUUAAGGAAUGGUAAUCCAUUCCAUCUUUACCACUUGCGCACCUUUUCUUGACAAGUAUUCACAUGUUGGGACUUACUGAACUACUCACAUUCUUCCAGGUCACGUGCAAUUUUUUUGUAUCUUGAACAUAUUUCCCUCAAGAAAGUCUUAUGAUAAUUAUUUUUACAUAAGAAAUGUUUUCAUAACAAAAUCCACCCCAGAAUGUAUAAUUUUCAUUAUACAGUGAGCCAUUGUAAAUGAUAUAAAUUGUGUAUGUGGUCAAACUAUGUUUGUUUGAUUCAAGAAAAUUGUAGUCAAAAUCUUUUCAACUUUAAUGUCCUGUGUCCCACUUUUGCCCAAUUGAGGAUGAAAUCAUUUCAAGUGUAUUGUAUACAAAUAUGGCUUGAUAUGUGGAAGAAAAUAUAUUUGAUUGUGAAUUUCACUGCUUUUGAUA